AUGAGGUGAGUUAAAAAGGAUUAAAAAAGUUCGUACUCAUGAUGUUGUUGACAAAAAUGGUACGUGCAUUUCAAAAUAUUUUAGUUUUAAAACUGUAACUUGUCCAAUCUUACCAGCAAUCAAGUGGUUUUCUCCAACUUUCAAUAUCGGAACUUUAGUAUAAGAAAAUUGGAAAAACAUCAUUAAAAGAAAACAAUGUGUUUUGAUGAUCACAGAUAUGGCCCUCUCUCAUUCAUAUUUCGGUCAGUCGCCCGACGACAACAUUUUCUGAUGUUUAUCCAUCUGUUUUUCUUGUUCAAACAAUCAUUCCUCCGCCACCUCAUUUUUAUUCAAUUAAAUUUUUCUCUGAUUUCAGUGAAAUUGUGGCAACAUUGCCACUCGGCACACAAGUCGUCGUGGAAGCUCAAUUGCUCACUUCUGACGUUGAUCAUACUAUUGAAGAAGUUCGCCAGGAAGUGCAUCAUCAAGGUGGUCUGACUUGUGGAGGUGGAGUGAGUCGCACGUCUUCGAACAGAACUUUGUUUUGUCGGAAAUGUGAGGGACACGGACAGCAGGUUGUUUUGAAAGGCCACGCAAGUCGUUGUCCAUUUAACAAUUGCCAAUGUAAAACGUGCUCAAAUGUGAUGUCGAUGCGUGCAAACGCAAUAAUUCGACGAUAUCGAACACGAACUCUUGAAGGUGGAUUGGUAUUAAAACCAGUUCAUUUCAAAAAUGGCAACACACGUCUUCGAGUUUUCCCAAAAUAUGUUGACGAAUCGGAUGCUUUACCAAUUCCAAUGAAUCAACAACAACAAGCACAAAGACAACAUGCUGGAAUAUCAUUAGAGCAAUUGAAUUUGGAACAAGCUAUGGCGUUACAAGCUAUGACACAACCACAAACACCACCAUCAACAGCCGUGCCAACUUCUUUGAAUCAACAACAACCACCAUUUCCGGUAAAACGUAGUUUCUCUGAGGAAUUGGAAGUUCAUCGACAAUCUGGAUCACCAAAAGAUGGAUCAUCAAUUGAACAAUCACCAACAACUUUGGAACUUCCAAAUACAUCACUUCCAAUGUCGUUAUCGAUUAUUGAAAUGCUUCUUCGUAAGUUUUCCAUUUUAAGAUUUAUUUAACGUGAGCUACAUAGAUUCUUGGAAACUUGUAGAAUUACAUUUGAAGUCGAAAAAUACUGUUAUUUUUAGGCCAACAAGGAAUAAAUCCUGAUCUUCUAACCAACGGUAUGAUUCCAACAACAAGUGACAUUUCCACAACAAUGCCAUCGACACUCUAUGACAAUACUUCGCUCUUCUCAGGUUUACAAUUUCCUCAAACAUCAGUUCAUUAUUCGUCUCCAACCACAUAUUCAACCAAUAAUUUCAACAUUUCAACAACAUCAAUCAUGGAUACUCUUCAAGUGGAUCGUAAAAUAUCGGAUGCCGCAUUGAUUUGUCCAGUUGGUGCACAACUCAGCGAGCUCAACAUUGGUGUCACAACAAACUCACCAAUCCAUGCGGCUUCGAUCGAAAUGUCGGCCCCAAAAUUGACACCAAAUAUGUUUGAAACAUCGUGCACAGUUUCGAAUGAAGUACAAGUUGAAGAUCCAACAAAUACCAAACCGGAACCGGAGUUAUUUUCGCAAACAUUUAUGAUUGCACCAACUGCUGAUCGUUCACAUCCACUUUUCCGCAGAUUCCUCAACACAGUUCGUGAACUUGAAAAACAAAUGCUCGUCGACAACGACUCCUAA